GGUUACGUUUAAAACCUAUCAAAUCCUUAUCUAAAGCACAUGAUAAAAUUAGAUAAUUUCGAAACGAUUAGAUGGGAUUUUAGUCCAUUAUGAGAUAAAUAAAUUCUUCAAUAUUUGAUAUUUUAGUAAUCUUUAAUUUUAACUAAGCAGACUGAAUUAUUUAUUUGUGAAAAAUUUGCACACUUCUCCAUAGCCUGCAGUUAUACCUUUUGUAGUGAAGAUAUCAUCAUUCACAGAGGAAAUAGAAAAUGGCUGUGAAGAAUGUAAUAGAUUGGACGGUCGAUGAUGUCCAGGAAUGGUUAAAAGAAACUGGUAAUGGCCAUUUUACAUAUCUCUUCCGUGACAUUCAUGCAAUUGAUGGAAAAGUUCUUCUUACUAUGAGAGAAGAAGACUUGAGAUCUGAUUCUGUGAAUAUACGAAAAAUUGGAGAUCUGAAGAGACUUGCUAUUAGUAUUAAACAAUUGCAAAGGGAGAAUGUUGCUGCCUUAUAUGAACUGGGAUACAUUGAUCUUCUUCCAUCAACUAAUUUUUAUGCUCAUCAACGGCACGAAGUUAGUGCAAUACAUAAUCGUAGCAUGCAGAAUCCUUAUGGGGGAAGAAAAUUGAAUGGUGUUUGUGUGGGACCGCAGAUUCCAAGCAGCGGCGGUACGGUUAAUAACGAGGGUUCAGUGGAGCAUGAGUUUUACUCCACAUCAGUUUCUGAAGAUGGACAAGCUUCACACCUCCCUCCAGAAAUAUGGAAAGGAUUCAUCAGUCUAGCAUAUCUAUUCGUUGUUACUUGGAUCACUGCCUUUGUCAUGGUUAUCGUACACGACCGAGUUCCGGACAUGAAGAAGUAUCCCCCAUUGCCUGACAUUUUUCUUGAUAAUGUACCACACAUUCCCUGGGCCUUCGAUAUGUGUGAGGUCACUGGUACUAUUCUCUUUGCUAUAUGGCUUACUGUACUCAUAUUCCACAAAUAUAGAUUCAUAUUGUUACGUCGGUUCUUUGCGCUAUCCGGUACAGUUUUCUUACUACGCUGUGUAACAAUGCUCAUCACGUCGUUAUCAGUGCCAGGUGCCCACCUUCAGUGUCAACCGCGAAACGUUCCAGCGGAAGAAUGGUCAUCAGGUACUGCUUACAAGGAAUUGUACAAUAAAAUCGCCAUGGCUUAUGUUAUAUGGAGAGGAGCUGGUAUGUCCAUUCAAGGCGUGCGAACAUGUGGCGAUUACAUGUUCAGCGGUCACACUGUGGCCCUUACCAUGCUCAACUUCUUUAUUACGGAGUAUACCUCAAGACAGCUAUACUUCCUUCACACAUUCACUUGGAUGCUGAACAUGUUCGGUAUAUUCUUCAUUUUGGCUGCUCACGAGCAUUACUCAAUUGAUGUAUUUGUGGCUUUCUACAUCACGUCCAGGCUGUUUCUAUAUUAUCACACCUUAGCAAAUAAUCAAGCCCUAAUGCAGCGGGAUUCAAACAGAACAAGGAUUUGGUUUCCACUAUUCAGUUUCUUCGAAUCUUCCGUUGACGGAAUUGUACCAAAUGAAUACGAGUCACCUUCUUCCAUCAUCUUUAACUUCAUUUGCACCUGCAAAGACGCCUGGAAUUACGUGCGGAGCUGCAAUUGUUUCCAAAAGACUCAACACAACCACAACAGCGAAGUCAAUUGCACAAAGAAGAAACUUUAACCCUGUGCUUUCGUUAUUCCAGGGGUUUCCCAGACACAACAUCUUUCAGCCUCUUUUUUAUAGCCAUGUAGGAGCACGCAAAGAAAGUUUCUAUCGCAAUUAUCAUUUUAAGAUCCUUCCUAUCUGUCCAAUAUGACUUUUGUAUUUGGAGACGAAUUUUUUUUAGGAAGUUUUUUUUAGAUAAUUUGUACAUUGUAUGAUUGAUUGAUUUCAAGCUGUACAAAGCCAACAAAAUUGAAAUUAAUGCGAAAACAGACUUGCAAGUCUCAUGUAAAAAGUUCUAAUUAGAAAAUAGAAUAUGAACAAGUCAGGGAUGCCCCUGAACGGUGCUCUAGCUCAUCAACUGUAUUUAUAUCUAGUACAGAUAUUGAAACUCUGAGAGAAACCUUAGAAUUUUGUAAAAACAUUAUCUAUAUAAUGUAUAUGGAACAAAACGGUGUCAUGCGAAUGCAACACUAAUGUAAUUAUUUAUUACGUACGGUUAAAGACAAACUUUUACAUAAGAUCGCACAAUGGAGACUAUUUUGCCAAAGGCGCGAGAUAUGCAUGUGUAAAUAGCGAAAAAUGAUAUCUCGUGUUUAUUUCAACGUUUUUGUCAAUACAUAAAUUAUUUUGCACA